GGGGCGGGGCCAGUGCGGAGUGACAGGCGCGCGCGGGGCUGCUGUAGAUGAGCAUUAUAAGCGGAAUGGCGGCUCUCUGAGGGAAACACGGAGCUUUAAUGAAAAUAAAAGGCAGAUUUUCGGGACUCAUGGUCUAGUGACAGAUUGGAAAUGCAGUGGACAUAAAGAUCAGUUUAAAAGAUGUCUGCGCCAGAUGAAAGCGGAGGUAGAAAACCUCAGAAGAGCGGAGACAAGAAUCAAAAAAAGCCCACAGCCGAGGCAGUAAAAGGAGCCAUUCAGCUGGGGAUUGCCUACACCGUGGGGAACCUGACCUCCAAACCAGACCGAGAUGUUCUCAUGCAGGACUUUUAUGUGGUGGAGAGCGUCUUUUUCCCCAGUGAAGGCAGUAACCUGACCCCAGGACAUCACUACCCAGACUUCCGCUUUAAAAUCUACGCUCCUCUCGCCUUCCGCUAUUUCAGAGAACUGUUUGGUAUCAAACCUGAUGACUAUCUGUAUUCCAUGUGUAAUGAGCCCCUGAUCGAGCUGUCGAACCCGGGGGCGAGCAGCUCGUGGUUUUACGUAACUAGUGAUGAUGAGUUUAUCAUCAAAACGGUGCAGCACAAAGAGGCGGAGUUUCUGCAGAAGCUGCUUCCUGGUUAUUACAUGAACCUGAACCAGAACCCAAGGACGCUGCUACCUAAGUUUUAUGGUCUUUACUGUGUUCAGUGUGGAGGAGUGAAUAUUAGGCUGGUGGUGAUGAAUAACGUUCUGCCUCGCUCUGUAAACAUGCACUACAAAUACGACCUGAAGGGUUCCACGUACAAACGCAGAGCCUCACGUAAAGAACGCACCAAGUCCUCACCCACCUUCAAAGACCUGGACUUCCAGGACAUGCACUCGGACGGGCUUUACUUUGACACAGACACGUACAACGCACUGAUGAAGACGCUACAGCGAGACUGUCGGGUGCUGGAGAGUUUUAAGAUCAUGGACUACAGCCUGCUGUUGGGAAUCCACGUGCUGGACAUACGGCUGAGGGACAGAGGGGGACGAGGAGACAGCAAGCGACAGGGAGGACAGAAAGUGCUUUACUCCACGGCUCUCGAGUCCAUCCAAGGAGGAGGCAUAGCUGUGGAGCCACGCCCGAACCCCAAUGAUGACGACACAAUGGGUGGAAUUCCUGCGAAACACAAAGACGAGAAGCUGCUCAUCUUUUUGGGAAUCAUCGACAUCCUGCAGUCGUACAGGUUUAUUAAGAAGGUGGAACACUCGUGGAAGGCUCUUGUACAUGAUGGUGUAAGUUCUUGUACAGUUUCUCUGUUAGAUGUGUUUACAUGUGUUGAAUGUUGGAGGUGUGUGUGUGAUUAUCGUGUGUGUGUGUGUGUGUGUGUGUGUGUGUUGCAGGACACAGUGUCGGUCCACAGGCCGAGUUUCUACGCUGAAAGGUUUUUAAAGUUUAUGGGAGGAACGGUGUUUAAGAAGAUUAAUUCUCUGCGAGGUGCUUCCUCUCGAAGGAAACGAAACUCGGUUCAGCCAGUGAGAUCUGCAUCACAUGAAGCCCUGUCUCCGAUUAAAGAGGAGAGAACUGAGGAGAGAAAAGCACAGAGUCUGGAGAACCUCGAUGAUAACGAUUUGGGUUUGUUUGUGAAACCUGACAUCAUUCCGAGCUCCACAGAUCUGCACGCCGCUGUUUCAGCCGCAACCGUGAACUCCAUCUCCUCCUCAGAUGAUCUCAAUAAAUUCACGGAGGACGACGGCAUCAGCAGAGGUGAUUGUGGGAAUUCCAGCUCCACACUGGCUCUGGAUGACUCGACGUUCCGGUCUGAUUCCUCACACAGCAGCACGUCAGAUUCAGUGCUGGAUGUUUAUCUGAAACAUUAACUCUGGCGUCUGAUUGUUUGUGUUCCAGUGACGUGGGAAGUUCUCUUGCUGCUGUCUGAAACACGAUGCGUCUUCACAGCGAGUGACCUGCUGACGCUUCAUAUCACACUCAGAAAUUCAGCUCAAACUCAACUCCACUUUAUUAUUAUUAUUAUUAUUAUUGUGUUAAAUCCAUGUACCUGUUCUGCUAAUCUGAUCAGAUGCACAUGUUGUGGUAUUUUGGUGUCAUUUCUGAGAGAUGUAUUUUUAACACUCGGACGUUCCGCCUUGUUUUCAGACGGCUGCGAGGAUCAACUUCCUCACGGUCAAAUUAUUUUACAUUAAAUUAAAAGCUGAAAGGAAAAAUAAUCAAAUUGGCAAUGCACAAAAUCCAAUCCAAAACUCUUCAUGAAUUAUUAGUAUUAAAAAAAUCCCUGAUCUGAUGUUUUCAUUAGAAUAUUUUCUUAAACCACAUUACAGUGAUUUUAUUACAGAUGUGUGUGUAAUAUAUUGUAAAAGGUUCUGUAUUUAUAUAAAUCUGUUUAAUAGUAAUUGUACUAUUAAACACUGUCUGUUUACCAAUUUGUAUUUAUUUAUUUAAGUGUGUGUGUGAGAGAGAGAUAAAGAGUGUGUGUGUGUGAGAGAGAGAGAGAGAGAGAGUGCAUGUGUGUGUGUGAGAGAGAGAGAGAGAUAAAGAGUGUGUGUGUGUGUGAGAGAGAGAGAGAGAGUGCAUGUGUGUGUGUGUGAGAGAGAGAGAGAUAAAGAGUGUGUGUGUGUGUGAGAGAGAGUGUGUGUGCAUGUGUGUGUGAGAGAGAGAGAGAGAGUGAGAGAGAGUGUGUGAGAGAGAGAGCGAGCGAGCGAGAGAGCUCCACAUGUAACUUGCACUCUGCAGUGAAUGAACGGAGAGAUGAAGCACGCUGGAGGUUUUACACCAAUAAAAGACAAUUUUCUUUAGGCCAGAUGUUCAGAAGAUCCAGAUAGAAACUUUUCUAGGUUACCACAUCUGGAUUAUUACUGCUCUAAAUCAGACUAGUACGGAAUAUACUAUAUCCUGCAGGCUACUAGCUAUGUAAAGAACAACAGGUAGAUUAGCAUGGGGUCACUUUAAAUGUUUUUAUUUGAAGAUACAGAAAACAGUACAAUAAAAAAUACAAACCUCUCCUUCCUUUUUCAGUUUCUUUUAAACAGUCAG